CUGGCCGCGUCCGGCCCCGCCAUGGACCACCAGGAGCCCUACUCGGUGCAGGCCACAGCUGCCAUCGCUGCGGUCAUCACCUUCCUCAUUCUCUUCACCAUCUUCGGCAACGCACUGGUCAUCCUGGCGGUGUUGACGAGUCGCUCGCUCCGUGCCCCGCAGAACCUGUUCCUGGUGUCGUUGGCCGCAGCUGAUAUCCUGGUGGCCACGCUCAUCAUCCCUUUUUCGCUGGCCAAUGAGCUGCUAGGCUACUGGUACUUCCGGCGCACUUGGUGCGAGUUGUACCUGGCACUCGACGUGCUCUUCUGUACCUCGUCCAUCGUGCACCUGUGCGCCAUCAGCCUGGACCGCUAUUGGGCCGUGAGCCGCGCUCUGGAGUACAACUCCAAGCGCACCCCGCGCCGCAUCAAGUGCAUCAUCCUCACCGUGUGGCUCAUCGCAGCUGUCAUCUCGCUGCCGCCCCUCGUCUAUAAGGAUGACCCCGGCCCCCAGCCCCGCGGGCGCCCACAGUGCAAGCUCAACCAAGAGGCCUGGUACAUCCUGGCCUCCAGCAUCGGGUCCUUCUUUGCACCCUGCCUCAUCAUGAUCCUCGUGUACCUGCGCAUCUACCUGAUCGCCAAACGCAGCCACCGCAGAGGUCCCAGGGCCAAGGGGGGCCCUGGGGAGGGUGAGUCUAAGCAGCACCGCCGGGUCCCUAGGGGAGCAUCAGCCAAACUGUCAACCCUGACCUCUCAUCAGGCUGCUUCCGGAGAGGCCAAUGGACACUCCAAGCCCAAUGGGAAGAAGGAGCAGGGGGAGACCCUUGAAGAUUCUGGGAGCCCUACCUUGCCACCCACCUGGCCUGCCCUUCCCCAUGCAGGCCAGGGUCCGAAGGAAGGAGUUUGUGGAGUGUCUCCAGAGGAGGAAGCUGGUGAGGAAGAGGAGGAUGAGUGUGAGCCUCAGGUCUUGCCAGCGUCCCCUGCCUCAGCUUGCAGCCCACCCCUGCAGCAGCCACAGGGCUCCAGGGUGCUGGCCACCCUGCGUGGCCAGGUGCUGCUGGGCAGGGGCAUGGGCGCUGCAGGUGGGCAGUGGUGGCGUCGGCGGGCUCAGCUGACCCGAGAGAAGCGGUUCACCUUUGUGCUGGCGGUGGUCAUCGGCGUCUUCGUGCUCUGUUGGUUCCCCUUCUUCUUCAGCUACAGCCUGGGUGCCAUCUGCCCACAGCACUGCAAGGUGCCCCAUGGCCUUUUCCAGUUCUUCUUCUGGAUUGGUUACUGCAACAGCUCGCUGAACCCUGUCAUCUACACCAUCUUCAACCAGGACUUCCGCCGUGCCUUCCGAAGGAUCCUUUGCCGCCAGUGGACCCAGACGGCCUGGUGAGCCGCCUGCCCACUGCCCUUAUGGGAUUGGUGCCAGGUGGCACCAGGGCCACUCUGCUUCCUGCCCUGUCUUAUGUGGCCACUUCCCUGGGGCUUUUUGGUCCCUUCCCAGGUCCUGUAGGUCUCAUCUUGGGAGCCCCUGGGAGCGAUGGGGACACGGGUGCUGUUCAAAGGGUCCAGCUGAAGCCUCCCCCUGCUGGCUUGGCUGUGGGGGGACAUCUUCCAUGCCUGAACGCAGACAGAUGGAGAAGGCUUGGACCGUCCUGAGUGUGGCCGAGGCCAGGCUGGGGUACAGCACCUCCUUCCCAGAACACCAGACCCUUGCCAGCUGAUGGGUGGGCUUCCCUUCCUCGAGGACCCUGUGUUCCCUGGAAGGCCACUUUCUUGUGGUAGUUUGCUUCCUUCUCACCUCCCUGGUAAAGAGCAGGAAGCCAGCCUUCCACUCUCCCCAGGAGGGCCUGCUGCUGAGGAGGAGGCAGAAAUGAUGGCCUGUGGUCCCCAUCAAGCGCUGGGUGGGGUUUUAUGUGCAGGCCCUGUCUCUGGACCCUUCUUCCCUUUUCCCCUGCUUUUGGAUUCAUAGCUCCUUUGAAGGCCAGAACUGUGGACUGUUUCCCACCUCCACCUUUUGGGGAGAAGGGUGGGCUCGUGGAUGCCUCGGUGGGGGGUUCUGGAGGCCUGGCCUCUGCCUCAACAGGACAUCCCUGAUCACUAGCAUUCACCCCCUGCAAAAUCCGGGGCGACAAUAGCUUGCCACCUACUUGCUGCAGGGAGAUGAAAGGCACUGCAGAAAUCUUUGAGCUCCAUGGGGAAACUCGCUAAAGGACAAGAAAAUGUAAUUAUGUGGUGAUAUAAAAAUCCCCUUUCUCUGUGUUUACCACCACCUGUCUUCCUGUAGACUUUUGUUCUGUGCCUGGAGUGUAUGAAUUCCUACCCCAAACUGGAAGUGGGGAGUGGCAGACAGAACCACUAUUUCAGUUAAAGGAUUGCUUUGAGAAUGUGUUCCUGUGCCCGCAGAGGCUUGAGUUAUUAUGCUGCAUGACAAGUUCUUGACAUUUCACCUGCAACACCAAGAGGGUUUUUCGUGGCUUGGGCCAAUGGGGGAUAGGUCUUUUGUCAUCAAGCAGGCAGACUGUUUCCCCAAGGUAGCUAAAAAUACCCACACUCUGGGAAUGGUCUGACAUGAGAUCCUGUGGCCAGUGACAGAGCUCCUAGGCAGGGUACAGGGCUGGAGCAGGUGAGCAAGGGCCCCGUGGAUCCCUGGGGGAACCUCUCACUGGUAUGCAAGGCAAGGCUCCAAGCCCCAAAUGUGUCCCUGUGAUGCACAACUGAUCCUGUCCCGGGUGGAUGCCUACUCGCCCCCUCUGACCCAGCCAUGUGGCUUCACCCCACUGACAGGUCUCCAGGGGCCUCACCCUCCUGGUUAUCUCCCCCAUCCCAGAUGCUGGCACACAGACAAUUGGGACAAGAAGGAUGUUUCCUAGUGUUCCCCGUGGAGAGUGCCUGACUUCAAGCUGGGGGUAGGGCUGAGCAGCAGGGCACUGUUGGCACUUUGAUGAACCUGGCCAGAAUGGGAGGAGUGCUGAGAGUGUUUUCUGGGGUAGAGAGAAUGGAGGGGACCAAUGAGAGCCCCUCCUUGGGUGGGGGGCUAUCCAGCUCAUCCCAUAGUGUCAGUGUGAGGACAGGGCAUUGCCCUGGAGUGGAACUGGGGAGGUGGCCCAGAGGAGGGGCUGUCUUGUGACAUCUGCUGAUUGGUCUCGCAUGUGCCCUGGGGGACCCCUGCUAUUAUUGCCUGUGGCCCCCUUGUUGUGAUAUGCAGGUGUGGUUUUUUUUUUUAAGUCUGAGCUAUUUUGUCAA